CUACCAAAACACCUAAACGUCAGUCUGCAGAGGAGCAGUAGGGUCGUUUAGACAAUGCUAAAGUAACAAUUAACGUAAUUAUUGUAGCCAUCAAAGAAACAAAGAGAGUUACUUUUUAUAAUAAUUUCGUAGAAAUUUGUGCGUUAUUCCCCUCGUUAACCGUUGUAACGGUUAGUGUUAACCAUAUUUUUCUUUGGCUGCUGGAGACGUUGGUUAAUCUGAAGCUAGCUCGAUCUGCUGGUUAAUAUUCGCUUAACUUACAUCAAGUCUAAAAACAUAUGUGAAGUUUUAUCUGGGAUAAAUAUAAGUCCCCUGCCGCAAGUGCCAAAUGCCUCGCUUGGAAAACUCAGAUGGCAGAGGGACAAGAAGACUAAAAUUAGACUGGAAGUUUGUUCAGAGGUUCUGCAGCAUCCAGAAGACCCUGUUCCCAUCAUGGACCAGUCAAAGUGUUCUGAUUUUUGGGACGCUGCUUGGUGUCACUCUGACAGAGCAGCUGAUCAUUUACCAAGUGGGUGUCCUCCCCAGCCAAUUCUACAAUGUGCUAGCAGACAAAGAUUACUCAAGCUUCAGGAACCUGUUGGCCACAGCUAUGGUGCUCAUCUUGCUCAACUCCACAUUGAAAAGUCUUGACCAGUACAUUUGCAAUCAGAUGUAUAUUAGCUGGAGGAAGACGCUAACUGAGAGCCUCCAUACAGCCUACUUCCAGGGCCGGGUCUAUUAUACACUCAAUGUACUCAGAGAGGACAUAGACAACCCAGACCAGCGAAUCAGUCAAGAUGCGGAGAGGUUGUGUAAGCAGAUGAGCACCAUGGCUAGUCGUUUGAUUGUAUCGCCAUUCACACUGGCUUACUACACCUACCAGUGCUUUUAUAGCACUGGCUGGAUCGGUCCUAUGAGUAUCUUUGGCUACUUUGUGCUUGGGACCAUUUCCAAUAAAAUCCUUAUGGGGCCAAUUGUGUCGACUCUGUUUGAGCAAGAAAAACUGGAGGGAGACUUCAGAUUCAAGCACAUGCAGAUCCGUGUCAAUGCAGAGUCUGCCGCUUUUUACAGAGCUGGUAAAGUGGAGCUCAUGAGGACCGACCGAAGACUGCAGGCUCUGUUGCAAACUCAAAAGACUCUAAUAAACAAAGAGCUCUGGCUUUAUAUCGGGGUCAACACCUUUGACUACAUUGGAGCUUUUCUCAGUUACAUUGUAAUUGCCAUUCCCAUCUUCACUGGUGUCUAUGAUGGUCUCACUCCUGGUGAGCUCAGUGCGCUCAUCAGUAAGAAUGCCUUUGUGUGCAUCUACCUGAUAAAUGGCUUCACACAGCUAAUAGACCUGUCAACCACUCUGUCAGACGUGGCGGGAUACACCCACAGGAUUGGGGAGCUGAGGGAGGUGAUGGAUGACAUCCUACACAAGCAGUGUGACUAUGAUCCGGCAUCAGGGGAAAACUAUGACUUUGACAGUGACUUCAAUGUCCACGCAGGCCCCGUGGACACGGCCUUCAUCCUGGACCAUCUUUCAUACAAAUCUCCUUACUCAGACCAGCUGCUGGUGGAAGAUCUGAGUCUGAAAAUCAGUGAGGGAGCACAUCUGCUAGUGGUGGGGAACACUGGCACCGGCAAGACGUCACUACUAAGGGUCCUCAACAGACUUUGGGAGGCACACAGUGGUUUUGUCCAGAUGACCACAUGUUUCGGGCCCAGAGGAACCCUCUUCCUGCCACAGAAACCUUACCUGACUGAUGGCACGCUGCGCGAACAGGUGAUCUACCCACUAAAGGAUAUUUACCCUGCAUCAGGGUCAGCGGACGAUAACAGAAUUAUACAGUUCCUUGAGCUAGCUGGAGUGUCCAGUCUCCUGAAGCGGACAGGCGGCCUAGAUGAAAAGGUGGACUGGAACUGGUAUGAUGUUCUGUCUCCAGGUGAAAUGCAGCGUCUCUGCUUUGCGCGACUCUUCUACCUGCAGCCCAAAUAUGCAGUGUUGGAUGAGGCCACCAGUGCUUUGACGGAGGAGGCAGAAGCACAGCUGUACCGAACCUGUAAACAGCUUGGCAUGACUUUGGUCAGUCUGGGACACCGGAGCAGCCUGGUGAAGUACCAUGAUGUCCAGUUGAAACUGUGUGGAGAAGGCCGGUGGGAGUUAACCAGGUUAAGAAGAAGCAGCGGGCACGUGACCGAAGAGUCUGCUCUUUAAAACCCUGGACAUGCAGGAAGCAUCAGGGUGGGAGAUGAGAACAGAAAACACUCCUAAAUUCCUCAAGCUACUAACAUUCAAGUGCUCUUCAACAAGGUACUUUAAAACCAUAUAUAUAUACACUCAUAUCCACAGGCAGUUUAAGAGAACAAUGUUUCUCACCAGCCAGCUUGGUUAAAUACGAGCUUCAGAAAGUGGGUGGGAGUGCAACAUUCUUCCAAGGAAGAUGACUGAGGCUUGUGGGUCAGUAAGGAGAGCUCUGCCAAAAUGUUCUGGACCCAAAUACUUUGAAAGACAAAUGGUUUAAAUGGAGUAAAUUCGUCCAUCCUGACAGGAAAUGGGGGAAAAAAAGACCUUUUAGACUAAAAUCUUGUGUACCUUUUUAUGUGAGAUUACAUUUGUUUUAUUGUAUUAUGUUCACAUUACAUUGGGAAUAUUAGUUCCAAUUAUGUAAUAAAAACACACACUGUUCUCAGCUCUUUGUAACUCCUAUCAAGAGCAGACUACAUCUGUUGCUUAUACAUGCAGUUUUUAAGGGUUUUUACCUGUUUUCACAAAAAUGUCAUAUGUACAAUAAAAAUGUUUUAAUAUAA